AUGGGCUCUCUGCCAGUGUCGGCCCACAAACGCUAUGGGAUGCUCCCCUCACAGUCACAGUCUGAACUUCUGAGCUCCGAACCCUCACUGAAGUUAUUACAGGAAUCCUACAAGAAUACAGAAAAUCCAUCCUCUGAAUCGCCGCUGCCGUCAUCAGCAUUGACCUCCAUUGCGAUGUCUUCCUCUGCUGCGUUGCCCUGCUCUUCAUCAACAUCAUCGUCGCUGUCGUCAUCAUCGUCAUCAUCAUCAUCAUCAUCAUCAUCAUCAUCAUCAUCAUCAUCAUCAUCAUCAUCAUCAUCAUCAUCAGCAUCAUCAUCCUCAUCCUCAUCAUCAUCAUCAUCGUCGUCGUCGUCGUCGUCACCAUCAUCAUCAUCAUCAUUAUCAUCAUCGUCGUCUCCAUCGUCCUCUUCAUCGUCAUCCUCAUCAUCGUCAUCUUGCUUCAUCAUCGUCGUCUCUGCUUCCUCCUCGUCAUCGCCGUCUGUUUCGUUGUCGUCGCCGUCGUCAUUAUCAUCGCCAUCAGAAUCGUUGUCAUCAUCAGCAUCAUCGUCGUCCUCCUCAUCAUCAUCGUCAUCGUCACCAUCAUCACCAUCAUCGUCAUCCUCAGCAUCAUCAGCAUCUUCUUCAUCAUUAUCGACGUCAUCGUCGUCAUCGUCAUCUUCAUCAUCAUCAUCAUCGUCAUCGCCAUCAUCUUCGUCAUCGUCAUCCUCAUUGUCGUCAUCAUCAUCAUCAUCAUCAUCAUCCUCAUCUUCAUCAUCCUCAUCUUCAUCAUCCUCAUCUUCAUCAUCCUCAUCUUCAUCAUCCUCAUCUUCAUCAUCCUCAUCUCAUCUUCAUUAUCAUCCUCAUCUUCAUCAUCCUCAUCUUCAUCUUCAUCAUCUUCCUCUUCCCUCCUCGUCCUCAUCCUCGUCCCUCAUCCUCAUCCUGGUCUUCGUCCGCAUCUUCAUCCUCAUUUCCUUCAUCAUCCUCACCUUCGUCUUCAUCUUCCUCUUCAUCCUCAUUCUCAUCCUCAUCCUCAUCUCAUCCUCAUCCUCAUCUCUUCUUCGCUGCUAUUGUCGUCGUCCUCGUCAUAUCUUCACCAUCAUCUUCCUCAUCAUCUUCAUCUUCAUCUUCAUCGUCAGCGUCGUCAUCAUCAUUAUCUUCAUCAACAUCGUCGUCGUCGUCGUCUUCCUGCUCUUCGACGAGCUCUGCCUCUGCCGCGGGCUCUGCAGUCUCGAUGGCGACUUCGUCAUCCUCAUCCUCCGAUGUCAGUCCAUUGGUGCUGCCUUGGGGAGGGGACACGAUCACAAUCAGCGACUCGGGGAGCUUGCUGAACGCCGCUGGCUGGAAGCUCUCCAGGCGGUGAAACUCACGUGCGCCGGGAAGAGGCUGUAUGCCUGCAUUGGGGACCUCCCCGAACGGGGCCGAGUAGACCGCGGCGAGAGUGCACAGCAGAACCUGCAGAAGGUGGAGAGGGGAUGA